AUGGCAGCUAUUGAAUCAAAAUAUCCACUAGGCUCUCCUCAGGAGAGUAUGAAAAUGUGCACAACUCACAAUUUACCUAUUGAUGUGAUUUGUGAACACUGCGACGAAUUCAUUUGUGGAAAGUGUGCAAAAACAGAUCACAGAGAUCACGAAUGGACAACUUUACCCACAGCAGCCAGCCAAAGAAAAAAUAGUCUCUUUAAAUUCCUGACGAAGAUUAAAGUAGAAAAUCUCCCUGGGAUGAGUGGGAUCCAUGAGAAGAUUGAGGAAAUAUCAAAACAAAUCUCAGAAAAUAAAGAGCGUUAUAACUGUGAGAUUAACAAGCUUCAGAAGCAUUUCGAUGAAAUAAUUACCAGGCUGUCAGAAAUCAGGAAAAAUAACGAAGAAAGAUUAAAAGAAAAUUUAAAUGAAAAAAAUGAAAAGUUGAAUGAUAUGAAAGCUGAGUUAAAUAAAAAGAGGAAAGAAAUUGCAGAGACAGUUCAGUUCAUAAAGGAUAACAAUAGCACUAUGUCAGAUUACAGCUUAAUCGACAACCACAAAAAACUGAAACAACUACUGGCUGGCCUGCAUUUUGAUAUAAAUAAUUGUGAACAUUCACUGAAAUACAUUAAAGGAGAAAUCAUUGACGAGGUUCUGGAGAAUAUGAUUGGACAAACUUUGGAUUUAAAUAAUAUCAGUUUGAGUGGAACAAGCCUAUUUAAAUAUGGAGAUAAAAUAAUAGAUUUGUUGAGGUCAUUCUGUGAAGGUCAGUGUUACAUUAGACAGCUAGGUUCAGACUGCAUUGAACAAGUAGACAAUGAAGGUGAGAAACAGAAUACAUAUAGUUUCAGUCCAAGUGACAUGUGCAUGGCCGAUACUGGUGAAAUUUACUGUACUGACUCUACCAACCAUUCCAUCAGCUGUCUGUCACCAUCAGGGUCUCUUUCUAUGAUCAUAAGUACAGAUCCACAGGUUCCAAUAGGAAUAUGUCAGUCAAUACACGGUGGAGUACUGGUCACCUUUGUUGAUCACGAAAUAUUAUCACAAAGCAAGGGUGUGGUGAGGCACCUCACAGUGACAGGUGAAAUCAUCCAAAAAUAUGAGUUUCAGGAGGACGGUCAGACCAGACUGUUUACGUUGCCAGACAAAAUCACACAGAACAGUAACAGUGAUAUCUGUGUUGUGAACUAUACAAGUGGCACUACAGGUGAUCUAGUUAUCAUAUCACCAUCUGGAAAUAUGAAGUUUAUCUACAAUGGACACAGCCUGAUGAAGAGCUUUAUUCCAAGAGAUGUAGUGUGUGACCCCCUCUAUAACAUCCUUGUUACUGACAUUAGCAAUAACCAGAUCCAUCUACUGAGUCCUGACGGGGAGUUCCUGAAGUUCUUACUGACAGAGAAUGAAGUGAACAAUCCAUACACACUGUCCCUAUACAAGUCUACACUGUGGGUUGGUUACUCAACUGGGCUUGUGAAAGUGUUUCAGUACAAAAUGUGA